CGAACGUUUCAUUACAGAACAUGACUGCUUGUAGAAGUACAUGUUGGUCUACAUGUCUGUGGCAAAUCACGUGAGCCCCAGGAUGCUUUUGUUUUCAAUCGAGAAGGAACCCCAAGAGGCAAGAGGAGAGGGCAAAAAGCAAGGACCUUUUCGUCUUCCCCUUGCUUCGUUACUCGAAACUCGCUCCUUGUGAGUUUAAGAUCUACCCGGAUCCGAUUGGGUUAACGGGUCGGAUCCAGUGAUCUGGCAUUUUCAUAAUUGAAGUGUGUUCAUGGAGGAUUCAGAACCUCGAAUCUCUCGUUGUCCGAGUAUUUACUACAAACCGAUAAGCCGUAAUGAUCUAGAUCGUUUGGAGCAGAUACAUUCAGACCCCAUCAAGUAUGAGUCUGAGUUUUUUCAGUGUGUUGUGAACGGAGUUGGUAUCGUCUCGUCGGCUGCUGUUGAUCGAAGCCGGCCUGAUGGUUAUUCCGAUGAGCUUAUCGGUUUCGUUACUGCCAAGUUCGUGCUUGCCAAAGAAAGCGAGAUAGAUGAUCUAAUAGGUUACGAUUCCUCACAAGGAGAGGAGACUUUGAUCUACAUCUUGACACUAGGCGUUGUAGAAACAUACAGAAACCAUGGAAUAGCAAUGUCACUUAUUAGUGGGGUGAUUAGAUAUGCGUCUGGUUUGUCUUUAUGCCGAGGAGUUUACCUUCACGUGAUUGCAUACAACAAUCCUGCAAUCCGUUUGUAUAACAGAUUGAUGUUCAGAUGCGUCCGGAGAUUAAACGGAUUCUAUCUUAUCAAACGACAGCAUUUUGAUGCCUUCUUGUUUGUCUACUUCUUCAACGGUUCUCGGUCUCCUUGCUCACCCUUAGAGGUUGCAAUGUUUGUUGUGAAUUAUAUGAAGAAUGGAAUCAAGUCAGUGGAGCUGACGAGGAAAGAAGAGCAAGGCUUGAAAUGGCUGGUUUGCAAAGACACAGAUUGCGUCUUACCCACGCAAACCAAACCUAACCUCGGAUCAUCAUCAUCCGGGUACGGAUUCAUUUAAUUCAAAAUUAAACUGUUAUGUUCGAUUCAUUUGUUACUCUGUGUAAUAAAAUGUACAACGUCCUAAACAU